CUUCUCUUUCAUCACUUUUGUACGUAUAUACUUAGAAUAUACUGUAUAGGAAUACGUAUAUUGAUAAUGAUGCUUCAAUUUUUUAGUUCAUUUGAGUUGAUUUAUGCACGGUGGAAAAACUGGUGGAAUUUGUUGAUUGGUAGAUUUUUUUUUUUGGUAGUUUUGUUUAAAUACUUUUUUUUUUAUUUUCUUCAAUUUUUGUUGUUUGCUAGGUGAUAGAUUUUGAAGGAGCAUUGGUAAGUGAAUUUAGAAGGAUUUGUAUUCAUUUAAAAUGAGUAGAGAAGAAAAAUAAGCUAAAAGAUGAGAUAGAAUUGAAAGAUUUUGUGCUAGGAGUUUGUUUUUAUUGGAUUUAUCUUGUAGUUAUUGAAUCUAGAAUUUAUAAGCUUCAUUUUUAUGAAAAUUUAGUUAAUUUGAAUUUCUCAUGUUUUAAUUGUGUAUUUAUAUGAUUUUAGAGUUUAAUUUCCAUUAAGAGUCUGCUCUAGUAUGUUAGAUGCUGCAAUCAAGCACUUGAUUUUGGUUUCUUUUGUUUUUACAAUCUGAAGUCAUCAUUAAGUAGGAUUUUCGUAUGCUUUAGAAAAUCUUUUUACACUGUUGAAAUACGUUGUUCUGCUCCUAAUGAAUAGUCUGGAUUCGUGAUUCUAUUUCUAGAUCAAAGGAAGGAGAGUUUUGAAAGGUACUAUCAUUGGAAUCUCAUUGUAAGAUUCUUUUUAAUGGUGUAUUAUAUUGUCUAAGAGCCUUGGAAUUGGCUUAAUUUUAUCUUGUAAGAAACUGUAGUCUUUUGAGGCAUCUUGCAUGUCUGGCCCUGUGGUCACUGUUGAUAAUGUGGAAGGAGCACUUUCUCAAGCAGAAAGAUCAAAAUCUCUUGAUGCCAUCAUUGACAAAGAUGACGGUUCUAUACUAACUAAUGGUGAUGCUGUCCACAGUUCUGAAACUGCUGAAUUUAGAGUUGGAGAACUCUUGCUUCCGAAUGGGGACUCUUAUUCUGGGUCAUUGCUGGGCAACGUGCCAGAGGGUCAAGGAAAGUAUGUUUGGCAAGGUGGUUGUGUGUAUGAGGGAGAGUGGAGACGUGGGAUGAGGCAUGGGAUUGGCAAAAUACAAUGGCCUUCAGGAACUGUUUAUGAUGGUGAAUUCUCAGGUGGUUAUAUGCAUGGUACUGGGACAUAUAUUGGCUCUAAUAAAUUGACUUAUAAGGGGAGAUGGAAGUUGAAUCUCAAACAUGGUUUAGGAUAUCAAGUUUAUCCUAAUGGAGAUGUGUUUGAAGGCUCUUGGAUGCAAGGAACACCAGAAGGUCCUGGAAAAUAUACUUGGUUGAACAGAAACGUUUAUCUAGGGAAUAUGAAAGGUGGGAAAAUGUCAGGCAAAGGAACUCUCACUUGGAGAAAUGGAGACUCCUUUGAAGGAAGCUGGUUAAAUGGAAUAAUGCAUGGAUUUGGAGUGUACACUUGGAGUGAUGGUGGUUGCUAUGUAGGAACUUGGACACGGGGUUUAAAGGAUGGAAAAGGAUCAUUUUAUCCAAAAGGCAGCCGGCUUCCUGCCUUACGAGAAGUUUACCUCAAUGCUCUCAGAAAAAGAGGAUUGUUACCAGAUUUGAGAAAGCAGAACCAUUCACAUAUCCACCAUGCUUCUUCUGUAGACAUGGGAAGUGUCAAGGUUGGUGGCAACCAGGUAUCUCAUCUUAAUUCUGAUAAGCUAUCAGAAAGGAACUUAUUAAAUCUAGAGCAGUCUUGCAACAGAAAUGUUUCCUUGGAAAGACGUUGGAGUCUAGAGGUAUCUAUUGAAAAAGUGAUUGGACAUGAUUCGUCAUUUGACUUAUCUGAUUCUUUCAUAGAAGGGGGAGAAAAGGGGAGUGAAAUAAAUGCACCAAUCUUAGAACGUGAAUACAUGCAAGGUGUCUUAAUCAGUGAGCUUGUGUUGAAUAAUAGUUUUUCAUCAUCAUCCAGAAGAGCGAAACGGAGACAAAAGAAGUUAGCAAAAGAGGUUAAGAGGCCAGGUGAAACAAUCAUUAAAGGCCAUAGGAGUUAUGAUUUAAUGCUUAGUUUGCAGCUUGGAAUCAGAUACACUGUGGGGAAAAUUACACCCGUACUGAGACGAGAAGUUAGAGCAUCAGACUUUGGCCCCCGGGCAAGCUUUUGGAUGAAUUUUCAUAAAGAAGGGUCACAAUUGACACCUCCCCAUCAAUCAGAAGAUUUUAAGUGGAAAGAUUACUGCCCAAUGGUUUUCAGGAAUUUAAGGGAGAUGUUCAAGAUUGAUGCUGCUGACUACAUGAUCUCCAUUUGUGGAAAUGAUGCUCUCAGAGAACUUUCUUCUCCUGGGAAAAGUGGUAGUAUCUUCUUUUUGUCUCAAGACGAUCGUUUCAUGAUUAAGACACUCCGGAAAUCUGAAGUAAAGGUUCUUCUAAGAAUGCUUCCAAACUAUCACCAUCACGUGAGGUCAUAUGAGAACACACUCAUAACAAAAUUCUUUGGUCUUCACAGAAUCAAACCAUCAAGUGGUCAAAAGUUCCGCUUUGUAGUCAUGGGAAAUAUGUUCUGCACUGAGUUAAGGAUUCAUAGAAGAUUUGACUUGAAGGGAUCAUCACUGGGGCGUUCUGCUGACAAAAUAGAAAUUGAUGAGAACACAACACUUAAAGAUUUGGAUCUCAACUACUGCUUUUAUUUGGAACCUUCUUGGCGAGAUGCUUUAUUAAGGCAAAUAGAGAUCGACAGUAAAUUUUUGGAAGCACAACACAUUAUGGAUUAUAGCCUUUUGCUUGGUGUGCAUUAUCGAGCACCCCAGCAUUUGAGGUCUCUCAUGUCCUACAACAGAGCAGAUGGACUAGGGAGUGUUGCAGAGGAAGAGGAGGAUGAAAUCUCCAACUACCCACAAGGUCUUGUAUUGGUCCCUCGGGGAACAGAUGACAAUAGUGUUGUUGUGGGUCCUCAUAUACGAGGUAGACGUUUGCGAGCAUCAGCUGCAGGUGAUGAGGAAGUAGAUCUCCUUCUCCCUGGUACAGCAAGACUCCAAAUCCAGCUCGGUGUGAACAUGCCAGCAAGGGCUGAGCAGAUUCCAGGGAAAGAAGAGAACAUGUUCCAUGAAGCAUAUGAUGUUGUUCUGUAUCUGGGUAUCAUUGACAUUUUGCAAGAUUAUAACAUGACGAAGAAGAUUGAACAUGCCUAUAAAUCUCUUCAGUUUGAUUCUAUAUCCAUAUCUGCUGUGGACCCUACAUUUUACUCGCAACGGUUCUUGGAAUUCAUUCAGAAGGUAUUUCCCUCCAAUUCCAUUUAAAGUUGACAUAAUUUUGGGUCCAUAUUGUCCUAUUGUGAGUUUCCUUAAGCUGGGCAAAUGUUUUCAGAAAUUGGGUGCUUAGGAAUUAGGACCAUUCCAAUACCAUGUGUGGCAAUGCUGCAAUACCUAUUCAAGAUGGACAUCUCAACAGGUGAUGUAAAAUAUUUGUAAAGAUCUGCUCUUAGGAGCCGAUAUUUAACCAUGAUGUUUUUAGUGAGGUAUAGUUCCCUGCCAUUGUUUUAUUCUGUUUUAUGACACUAUUGGAGCACACGUUCGAUGCUUGUUCUAUUCUUUGCACCUUGUCUCUGAUUCAUGCAUUAGUUUCACCCAUAUUUUUUUCCCGGUAUGCAUGCAUUUUAAGUUAUAGUGAACAAGCAGAGUUUAAAAAAAGAAAAUCAAACGGGUUUUGACGGCGUU